AUGGCAGAAGCGAAAGAAGAAGAUGACAUGUUACAAUACGAGACUACCGUCGAAGCACUACAGAACAAAGUAUGCAGUCUUCAGAGUCUAAACGAGAAGAUUCUUUCGCUUACCGACGCCAAAUCUACACCGGACGAAAUGCUGGAAUCCGAAGAAUACACAUUUGACCUAGAAGUUAAACUGCGCAAAUUCCAGCAAUAUUUACUCCAAAAAUCUACCAGCAAAGACGCUCAAGUUGUACCAACACAGAGAUGUGAAGCACAACCACAAGAAAAUCAGUCCAGAAACGAAAAUUCAUCGAACAGCUUAAAACUGCCUAUUAUUCUCCCGCGACCCGUUAACAACGUUGUCCCCUCCGCGGGAGCUUAUCAAAACAGGAAGCAGCCCGACUACGCCGUGCACAGCAUUCCGGUCGUGAACAAUGCCCCCUACCUUGCACAACAACUGCUGACUCAGGCGACACCGGCUGCUUCGUUGACCUACAAGCUACCGCGCUACAAAUACCACGCCAUAGAGAAGCAUGCGAUGGGUAAUUCAGCGAUAAUCCUGCCCAGACCGGAUGUGCUUCUGGGAGUGGUACAAAAGGGAUCUCACGCCGGAAACCAAGACGACAUUCUGAUGGAGGCGGUACAAGAGAAUGGUUCAGACGACUCGGGAAGAGAGCACGAUGAUCUCCACGUUGAUUAUACCGGACCGCACGAUUCCCUGCAGCCAGCAUUCAAAGGCGACAACGAGCCGGUUUUCAACAGUGCGCCGGAAGUGGAUGAGAGCUGCGACACUUUCCUCAAGCGCCUGCAGCGCUCAAAACUCCAGAGUCCAAAUGAUUCGUGUAUGCCGUCGGGUCAUGAGUUUUGCUUCGAGGCAGUAAUGAAUAAACGUUACAACCGCUGGAAAAGACGCCGACGGAAAAAGAACUCUGAGCACCGACAGCCGGUCGUCGUUCCUGGCAGCGGCAGCUCUGACGAAAAUGACGAAAGAAACUCUGUUAUAGAACGAAUAAUUGACACCAUGUAUAAACAAAUCCAUGUGCACGUUCCCCAUACCCCGAACGGAUCCAGCGACACGCCGCGCACGCGCAAUCGCCGAAGCCGAGAAAAGGAAUCUUCCACUAAUCUCGUUUCCGGCGACGAUGGUGACGUGGACCCAUCGAGCGGCAAUUAUGACGCUAGUUCGUCUUCUUCAUCGACAGAAGCUCUACGCGUCAAAUACGAUAAAAUUCGACGUAUAGCAGACGGCUCUUCGUACACUAAUGAAACUAAAGUGUAUCCCCCACAGGGCUACCGCGUGCGACCGGAAGCGAGCGCCAGUGGCGCCAUCUCGGAAUAUAUGUGCGCCUGGUCGCACAUUGAACAAUACAAACAAGAGAUACUGCGGCGCCUUAAAUACAACCCGAGGAGGUUGUCAAGCGAAAUGAUAGACUGCGGGACUGAGUGCAACAGUGCGAACGGCUACCUGAACGUCACUUCCGGCACGGCAUGUACGAUUUCCGGCAGCAUCAGCGAUGAGAACCUGAAGGUUUUCAUCAGUGGAGAUGUCACCGUCAGCAACACCGCUGUGGUCAUUAAUUGUCAAUCGUUCGAGAUCAAGAGCACCGGCUUUGUGCGCGUAGACGCAUCGUCCACUAACGUUGAAGGAUCGCGUGACGUCGCGGGCGCCGGAGGAAGCCAUGGCGGUCGCGGAGGAAGUCCCGCCAAUGCCUUCCUGGCGAGUGGUGAUAAUGACCCCUACGGCAGCCUCGAGAGUCCUUCCCAACCCGGACGAAGGGGCGGCGGAACCGGGGCCGGAAAUGGCGGUGGAUCGUUAACAAUCACUGCUUCGUCAUCCGUCACCGUCGAUGGUGUGUUGACGGCGAACGGUGGUGACGCAACCGGAGAUGGCGGCGGUGGUAGCGGCGGGUCGCUUUUUGUCGAUUCCCCUGAAAUUAAGGGCUAUGGUGUUAUAUCCGCUAGGGGUGGAAAAGGCAGUGGGACCGGUGGAGGCGGUGGUGGCGGGAGAAUCUCUCUGAAACAUACAUCCGCGAACUUCACAUACCAGGGGACAACCGUCGUUGAUGGAGGACAGUCUGGUACCACGGCAACCGACCUGAGCAGAUCCGGUACCACCGCCAGUAGCACCACCUCGAGCAGCACAAAUUACCAGACCGCCUACGGGGCUCUCGGAGCGCACGGGUCGUAUUCAUGGCGCCCCUCGACUAACACUGGAGCCUUGCUGGAGACGCAACUUUCCAGCGCUGCCUACGUGACCGCCAUCAAGACCAGGGGAGGUCCCAGUUCCGGCUAUUACGUGAAGAAGUACAGGAUUCAGUUUUGGAACAGCACGGCGAAUGCUUAUGUCCAACCAGUGUACGAGCUCACCGGAAACACUGACGGUAGUAACACUGUGACCAGGGAUCUCCCGUACCCCGUGUACACCACAAAAGUUCGAAUCUACCCCACCGACUUUAACGGGGGUGUCGAGUUAUCAAUGGCUCUUGUGGGAUACGCCCAAGCAACAUCGGCUAUUGUACCUGAGGGAAUUUGCAGCACGCAGUCGAAAGGCGGUCCCGGAGGUCCCGGUACCGUGUACCACUGGCGUGUGGGGCAGCCAUCCACUGUGGUGAUCGACAACUACGGCAAGAGUACGUACAUACCGGGACAGUUCCAGGGAACCACUUGCAAGUCAACGAUUCUUGACGUCAUGAGACAAGGAGCCGCUGCCUACCUUGUGGAAUCCUCGGCAGACCUCAGGGAUAUUAUCAUAUACGACGGCUCACACGUCGUGGUCACGGCAAACUAUGACGUCAACAACGUCAUUGGGGACGGUCGCAGCAUGAUCCACCUUGCCUCGAGUUCUUUGCUGAACAUCGAUAACACAAUGACAGCGCAUGUGCACAUAAACGCCGGUUCCAUUUUGACACUUAGCGCUACUGCAGCUACAUUAAAGAGUACCAUCUAUGUACAGGGUGCUCUCGCAAUGGACCCACUGCUCACCCAAGAACUGACUCUUACGGAGCCAUGCGCGGUUACCAUCAACUCCACGGAAAUGACGUCAUUUUCUUUGAACACAUUCACGGUAGAUUAUAAAUCCAGCUGGAACGUGUAUAAUUCCGAUGUGUUUAACCUCGCCGUCGAUACGCUGACUGUAAACGGCGUGUUCAACAUAGACAAUGAGCUGAGUUUGCAUCAAAACAUAUCAGCGUUCACAGUCGGUUCCACCGGACAGGUCACUUUCGACCCAAUGACGUCGCAAAUGUACAUGGGUAAUACGUUCAGCAUUGGCGGCAGACUCACCCUGGGAAAGCAUGUGUCCAUAAGACAACCUUGUAAUUCAUUCGCUAUACACAGCGGUGUCAUCACGUGGCCCGAAACAUCUGAUAUCAUAACCCUCGAAUGCAACACCAUUAAUAUUAACGGACCUUUCGCGCCCGGGACUGUGUCUUUCGGAACGGGUUUGGAAUCUCUUACCGUGGGCUCAAGUGGAACGUUCACAAUCACCGUUGAUGGUCCGAUUCGCACAAACAGCGUAGCAGUCCAAGGAAAAAUGUACGUGAAAAAUCUGGCCACGUUCCAGGCAAAAUCUUCGGAAGACAUUCGCAUGUCAUCCUUUGAGAUUUACAAUCCGAGCGGAAUUCUGCAGCUUAGCACUAUGAACCAGUCAAUGCGCACAGACGGCGUAAGCCAGGACGGAAACUGUAACGUUCUACGCACAGAACAUUUAGUGAUUGACGGUGUAUUCGGCGCGGGGAACUUGAGCAUUGACACCGGCAUUGACGACAUUGAAGUGAACCGAUACGGCGACUGGACCUUCAGACCGUGCGACAUAUUUAGAACGGACAAGUUCUAUGCAAACGGUACCGUAACCAGCACGGCGCCUCUGACGCUGCUUGGAAUAUCAGUGGAAAAAGUUCGAAACGUCACGCUGGAGUACGGGGCAAAAGUGACAUUGGACUCUGCGGCUCAGGCAACUAAGGCUUGGACAGGUACAUCAUUGUUAGGCAUCCACGGUAUGACCUUGUACGGGGACCUAUUGGCCGGAAAAAUGCGCAACUUCAUCAGCGACACCGAAGGAUGGGAUCUUCUUGAAAUCAACCUCAACGGAUCGUUGUAUUUCUUACCGGAUGGAACUUUCCUCAUAGACAGCAUAUCCAGUAACGGCAUCUUCGUGUCCUAUGGUAUAAUUAAUCUUAGGGCCAAGGAUGCGAAUUUAAUUAUUAACCUCGGCGAGAAGUCUACAACUCAAUUUGAUUCACUUGUGACGUCAUCCAAUUACAUCCAGUCCUCUAACGUCACGGCCGCUACGAUCAUCAUGGCUACCGGCUCAGUUUGGAAUUCGGCGGAUACGAUAUGGAACGUGAACACGUUCACUAUCAGUGGGAGUCUCACGUGCAAAACCCGUCAACUUACUCAAGUCGUGUAUCUGACUGUCAAGGGCAGUGGGCGCGUGUACUUUCAGCUCCCUAAUACCAUACAAGGCUUUACCUAUACCAUUGACUCGGGUGGAAUAAUGGAGAUGUUCUAUAACUAUGCACCAGAAAACACCAACGAAGGCAGUGAAGCGACGCGGCUCUUGUUCAAGGACGUGGUUAUUGGGGGUACGGCAAGGGCCGGGUCCUUGUACAUUGGUCCGCACGGGGACGGUCAACAGUUCUGCCAAACCGUACUGGUCUCCGGUACAGUAGACGUUUCAGGCGGUGGAUACCUGUACGACAAGGGACCAGGAGCUGGACAGAUUUCGACCGGUGGGGCUAGCGGUGGAAGCCACGGUGGACGGGGAGGAAGGGGAAGCGGAGGAAUGAAGGCCACUUUUGCAUACGGAAACAUCUUCGAAGAGAGUACGUGGGGUAGUGGAGGCGGAAGUUAUCAGGCUAACGCGAACUUUGGCGGGCGUGGAGGCGGGUACAUCCACGUGUAUACGACACAGAGCAUCUCGAUUUCCGGAGUUGUUAGGGCGGAUGGAAAAGAUGCGACUUACGGACAUGCCGGGGGUGGUUCAGGUGGCAACAUAUACCUCAAGAGCACUGCCUAUCUAAAACUCACCGGAAAGAUUUACUGCAAUGGAGGCUCGGCGUCGUCACAAGGAGGCGGUGGAGCGGGAGGUCGAGUCCAUGCUUACUUCCAACAGGGCGAUUACCACUCAGGAUUUGUACAGGCCAAAGGCGGCAGUUCCGGAAGUGGAGAGGUGGGAGGUCCCGGAAUCACGUACUUCCAGAGCAAUACUAUCCGCAACCUCCGCGUGGAUAACGGCUGUCAAAUGCCAAAAACGACGGAACCCACCGGCACUACCGCUCAGGCGAAUGAAUACGAUGCUUACCUGGCCACUGGUGCGAUCGCAUUCCUGCGACCGCCUAAUCCGGGAUACAAGUUCGACUUUACGCACGUGGAGCUCUACGGCAACGCUCAUCUCGCCCUGAACGGGACUGGGACCUCUCUGCAGUCACGUAUCAUGUACGGCGACGACACCGGGCACUUUCAUGUGGGACCGGGUCAGAAGUUCGAGCUUACAGAAGUCACAAAGUACGGGCGCGCUAACAUCACCUACGAGGUGUUCUUGUACGAAGGCGCCGAAUGGAUCUGGCCGGAAUCCGUGGUUGAGUUCCGGAAGCCGCUUGACCAGCAGGGACUUGGGAUGUCAACGACGGCUACUUCCUGUCCGGCCAGUAACCUCAGGGCGACCAAUGGGAGGUUUUUUGGAACCAUAGACGGUACCAAGUCACACGUGCUUGUGUCAACAGGCGCCACAGUCAACCUCGGCACUGCCGGCAUCCGGUCGAAGCUGUUCGCCAAUCUGACCAUACAGGACGAGGGAUCGCUUAACCUCAUUUCCAACUUCGGAGAUAUAAAUGACCGCUGGACAUUAGAGGUUCGACGCGGAAGCCAUAUCGGACAGAUUACAAUCGAAGCCGGUGGAGUAUUAGUGGCUCGCAACCUCAUUAUCGACACGGACUACUUGAAAGUGGACAAACUAGGAAAACUGAGCGUGUCGGGAGCCGGAAGAUACACCGGUGACGGAGCGGGCACGAGUGGGGCGGGAGGCAGUUUUGGCGGGAAAGGUGGAAAGGGGAACUCAGGUGGAGUGAUCGCAGACACUUACGGUGACGUGUUCAACAGCGCCCUAAUGUUCGGUGCCGGCGGUGUAGGGGCUACGUCGAACAACGGCGCCGGGGGUGGGGCGUUGCAGAUCGACAUUACCCAUUCCACGCUUGUGGAGGGAGUCAUCGAGUCGGACGGUACUAGCGGUUCAAGUACCAACAUCGGCGGCGGUAGCGGUGGCGCUAUACGGAUCAAUACGCACACGUUUGAAGGUUCCGGCACUGUGCAGGUACUGGGAGGAAGCGGUCCCUCGACCACUGGCGCAGGCGGCGGUGGCCGGAUAUCAGUCUACUAUGAGCUGAACGAGCAUUGGUUUGGCCUACUCGACGCGCGUGGUGGAAUAAGCAGCUACGGGUCUGGUGGAGCUGGAACGGUGUAUCUCAAGGACACGACGGCGGAUGCUCAAAACGAAACUCUGAUCAUCCACAACAACGGUCGUUCUCCACCCGCUGUCGAAAUCACGGACCAUACGUAUGAAGCGUACAAAUCAGAGGGCGGCCGAACUUGGCUCUCGGUCAGCGAGCUCAUGCAGAUGGAUAUCAUCAGGGUCACCGGAGGCGCCCAUCUGGCUCUAACCGGCACCAAUGUAGACCUGCGAGGCAACCGCUUUGAAGGCGACAGUACGGGAACGCUGCACGUGGGACCCGGACAAACCGUUACGGUGCAGCACCCGGAGAACCUCGAGUUGCUCCUCAACAUCUACGUGUAUAAAGACGCCAAGCUCGUAUUACCCGUCGACUUCAUAUGUCAUAACGUCAAGAUGUACAUCUGGGGAACCCUCGGGGUCAUCGAUAUGACGGUGGGAGAUGGGUGCAAACUGUAUCUGGGCAGUACCGGAACUACCACGCGCACAGCUGUCGCCCCUGCCCCAGGGACGUUUGACAUCAACCACCUAACUGUGAGCGCCGGAGGUGAGGUCACACCCACGUACGAUCUCACAGGCGUCAACAACAAGAUAAACAUUAAGGCGGUGAAACUGCGAGUUGAAGGAGGAGGAAAAAUGCACGCCACAUCGGUGUUCAUUCAAGCGGAACAGCUGGUUGUUGAUGACCUUGGGGAGAUUAUUGGCGACCUUCACACAGUCGCCUGCUCCGUGGGCUCGGGAACCAACGGCAAUGCGGGUUCCGGCGCGGGUCACGGUGGGCGCGGCGGCGGCAGUUCAAGCAACACGAAGACUGGCGCACCAUAUGGACUGCUGCGAUAUCCUACUGAUCGAGGCUGCAGCGGAGGAACCUCCACUGUUUCCGGUUCCAGUAGUAAAGGCGGCCGCGGCGGCGGCACUAUAAAGCUUACGGUAUUGGACUUCCUGCAGAAUGACGGCCUUAUUGCGUGUAGCGGCGAGGCAGGGUCAGGCGCAGGGGGCGGUGGUAGUGGCGGUUCCAUCUGGCUCGACGUGCACAACGUGAAGGGCUAUGGCGAGUUCCAAGUCGUAGGUGGGGACGGAUCCACAAACAGCACAUACAGCGGCUGCGGCGGCUCAGGUGGCCGUAUCGCCAUGUACUUUAACAAAAACUUUACGUUUUCCGGCUCCUGGGACGUCUAUGGAGGCGACUCAGCAAUAGAUACGUGUGACGGCGCUUCCGGCACUGCGUAUUUCUACCAUAAGGUGUACGACCAUUCUACACUGUACAUCAACAACAUUGGUCGCGGACUUGCCGGGGAAAAGGGCGUUAUUGCUGACUACAAGGACCUCUCCACGGACACAACUCACACGUGGUUCCUGCCAAACACGACUGACAUCUACAACUUUGACGAGCUUCAAAUGUACGGUAACGCUCACUUGGCUGUCCUCACGAAUCCAAUAGGAACCUCGGCGAAAAUCUAUUUUGAAAACAUGAUCGGCGACCGCACUGGCGCGAUUCACGUUGGUGACCAACAGGUGCUGGACCUUAAGCGCCCCCGGAUUGACCUUCCGUUUAACGUGCACGUGUACCCAGGGGGUUUCCUCGGCCUUGCCCCCGAUACUAGAGUCGAAAACAUUGACAUUUUUCUAAAUGGCACUCUAGCGUACAUUGAAAACCUAACUCUUCAUAGCGAAGGUAACCUAUGGCUGUACCAGCGAGGUCAGACUGACGACCUGGCGGCUGGGUACUACAAAUUUGAUUACGUUCACGUGAAAACUGGUGGCUAUAUUCAUAUGAUAACCGACCCUGUAACAGAGAAAGGAAUCAACUUCGACACCAUUUCAACAUCCAUUGACGGCGGGGGCCUAAUCCGCGGUACCCACAUUUAUUUCCGGUCUACCAACAUCACGAUCGACGCCGGUGGCAGCUUGAACGCCAACUAUCUCGGAUACAGGACGACCGAUGUGGAUACCAGCAAGUUUGGGGUGUACGGGAAAAUCAAUCCUGGUCUCGGUCACAUUGGGUCAGUUUCCGCUUCCGGCGCUGGACAUGGUGGGAGUGGCGGACGAGGGGAAGGCGAACUGCUUGGUGGAAAACCGUAUGGAGACUUAUAUGAGCCGACGUUGUUCGGUUCUGCCGGUGGUGGUGCCGGUGGUGGUCGUGGCGGCGGUCGUAUAUGGCUGAAUGUAACCGACACCAUUCACAUAGACGGUGUCAUGUCGGCAAACGGAGACCUAGGUACAACGGUAAGCGGAAAGCUGGCGGGAGGCGGCAGCGGGGGCAGCAUUUGGCUACACUGCGACACUAUCACGGGGUUUGGACGGAUCGAGGCAUCAGGAGGAAAGGGCUCAUUAAGAGUUGUCACCGAGACAUAUGAGGAUCAAAAUGUUACAUCACAAGUAACAACGUAUAUAGCCGGUGGUGGAGGGGCUGGUGGUCGAAUCGCCAUGUAUUUCCACAACAACAUUACCUUCAGCGAGUUCCGGUACUUGACCGCAGGAGGACUACCGGGUCGCGAGUGCGAUCAGUGUGAGGCGGGAGGUCCCGGGACGGCGUUCCUUUAUCAUAUGGUAGAAGAGCAUCGAACUCUCGUCAUUGAUAACGAUGAUAAUCCUUUGCCUCUCGAAAAGUACGUCAACUGGGACAAUGUAAACCAAGACGGUUGUCGUGCGUGGAUAUUGCCCAUAUCUGGGGAACACGCGUUUGCAACUGGCACAACGGGCAGCUACGCCUAUGAAUUCGAGGAGUUACAGAUUUACGGUAAUGGACACCUCGCAGUCAUGCCUCCGGAUACACUUAAUGUUGACAUUGGCAAUGAAGAUGACACAAAUCUCGGCGGCGGUGUUAAUAAAGCCGACUACAAUGUCAUCAUAUUUUUCAAGCACAUGAUCGGCGACAGAACAGGCGCCGUACACGUCGCUACCAGUCAAGCCAUGGAUCUGUUAACAAACAUGCAGAGAGAAGAAAUGGACCUGCCUUUCAAUACGUACACGUACUACAACUCAUACCUGGGCCUCGCUCCAAUCACAUUUGUGCACGGUGUUGAAAUUCACCUGGCCGGCUACCUGGCGAAUGUGAACAACAUCACUUUGCGUCUUGGCGGGUAUGUCUGGCUUAAACACGGGGGACACACAACAGGUGAGCCGGAAAGCAGCUACAAGUUCGAUUAUGUAAAGAUCCAAGACGAUUCAGUUCUCAAUGCUACAACUGAUCCAAUCGCGGAGGAAGGCAUUACGUUUUACGUUGACGGUCUGACCAUUGAAGGUGGUGGUGUAAUGCACGGGGCGUUCAUGACAAUAAAUGCUCAGAAUGUGACGAUCGAUGCCGGAGGACAUCUCUCCGCUGACGGUUUGGGUUAUAGGUACGGACAUUCGCAGAGCUCACACGGUGCAUCGUCAGUUCACGGAACAGUAAAUCCUGGAGCAUCAUUAAGCGGCGGUGGAGGAGCAGGUCAUGGCGGUUCCGGUGGAAAAGAGGACACUACCUCUGCUCGUGCAGGGUUUGCCUAUGGGGAUAUCUACGAGCCUCAAAAGAUGGGAUCAUCAGGUGGCGUUGGAAACAAUGGCGCUAGUGGCGGCAGCGGUGGUGGCAGACUCUGGUUUAACGUCACGGAUACCAUCUUUAUUGACGGUCUCGUGAGCGCUGACGGAGUCAAUGGAGGUUCGGCUUCCGGCGGUGGUUCAGGCGGCUCCAUAUGGAUGCAUUGCAACAUCUUAAAAGGAUACGGACUCAUUGCUGCUUAUGGUGGUAAUGGAUCAACUUGGAGUCACGAUCGAGGAAGCGGUGGAGCCGGUGGAAGAAUUGCGGUGUAUUUCAAGGUCAACAAGACAAUGUCAGAAUUUAGUUAUCAGGCAUACGGCGGUGCCUCCGGUGGCUCAGGCUCAGAGAACGGCGGUGCGGGAACGAUAUUUUUGUACCAUAUGAUUGAGGAGCACAGGACGCUCAUCAUCGAUAACGAUGGCAGGGCCCCAAGAGACGUCUUAAACGUCAUUCCCUCGUACAGCUCGUUAACCUACGACUCUUCAAGGGCGUGGAUUCUACCAGAAUCCGGUUACAACGAGUUCGCAAACGGCAAGUUUUCCUUCCAUUUCGAAGAGCUACAAAUAUACGGCGACGCACACUUCGCCAUUCUUCCCGAACCCGUUGGUGCGGAAGUUGACAUAUUCUUCCUGAACAUGAUCGGUGAUCGCACAGGGACGUUUCACAUCGGCGACAACCAAGUAAUGGACUUAGAAAGGCCGGAAAUAGAUCUUCCGUUCAAUUGUCGGGUAUAUGCAGGAGGCUUCAUCGGUCUUGCUCCUGUCACUAUCGUCCACGGCGUUACGAUCUGGCUUCACGGUGAAAUGAAACAUGUCCAAAACCUCACCGUUCACCACGACGGUCACAUAUCACUUGAAGCGGGCGGGUUUACAACAGGGAGCCCGGCGGAUGUCUUCAAAUACAAGUGGGUGCGGAUUCAAGAUAACGCAACUGUCAGCAUAUUAAUUGAUCCAGUUACUGAUCCAGAAUCAACUUUUAACGUAGAAAAUAAAAUUUCCAUGGAAGGCGGUUCCAAUUUCGCUGUGACCAACGCGAAAAUUAUCGCAACUGAUCUCAUACUUGACUACGGCGCUUCACUGCAUGCAGAUUCUACCGGCUACAGAAACAAUGAUCCCAAAACCCAAACGGUUAACAUUGGCAUGGGUACCUCAAGUUCUGCUGGCUCGUCCGGUGCUGGCUACGGCGGAACUAGCGGUAAAGGAGCCGGGACAACAAAAACCGGACAGCCACACGGUCAUCUUUUCCAGCCGUACCAUAUCGGAAGUGCCGGUGGUGGUGGCAUUAACAGCGGCGGCCAAGGAGGAGGAAAGAUUCAAAUCGAAAUUUCUAACAUGCUCAUGGUGGACGGUGAGAUUCGAGCGGACGGUGGCGAUGCUAGGAAUGCAUAUGGGGGCGGUGGUUCUGGAGGCACGAUUUUAAUAAAUACCUUGAAAUUCCGCGGCAUGGGCAAUAUCACAGCAAACGGUGGCGGUCGCUACGUAAACGGAGGUGGCGGAGGCGGUUCAGGUGGCCGUAUCGCCCUGUACUUCCGACAAAACGUCACAUACUGGGGAACAUGGCAGUGUCAUGGCGGCUACUCAACAGGUAACGCAGAACCUGGUGGUCCUGGGCCCGUCUUUAUGUAUAGUGUCGAGGAAGAGCACAGCACAAUCUACGUGAACAACGAUAAUCUGCAGACACCUACCGAAGUAAACCUCAUCCGAAAUUAUCUGGAUAUCAGCGAGGACAGAUUCAAAGCCUGGAUAAUGCCCGAGUCGUCCGACCAUCGCCUAGCUGGAAGGGUCUCCAAUUACAGCUUUGAUGAGCUGCAGAUCUUCGGAAACGCGCAUCUCGCAAUUUUACCGACACCGUUUGUGAAUGGAUGUAAUAUCCAUUUCUUGCACAUGAUCGGCGAUAGGUCUGGCUUUAUUCACAUUGGGCCCUAUCAAAUCAUGGACCUUAACCGACAGUUCAUCGACACACCGUUCAGCUCCUACGUUUAUGAUGGGGGAUAUCUCGGCCUCGCCCCGGACACCUUCCUAGAAAGCGUGUUCGCUCAUAUCGAAGGAACUGUAGACCACAUUCACAAUCUGACCCUGAUUCAGGGUGGUGGCCUUAGACUAUUCAAGACCGGGUCAACGAACCGACUUAGUCCACUGACAUACAAAAUUCUUGGUUUGACCGUAAUAAAAGCGGAAUCCUACAUUAACUGCUCGAAUCCCAAUGCUGACGCUGAUUCCUACGAACUGACAUUUGGUUGGGUUAUUGUCGAGGGUGGCGGACUUAUCAAGGGAGGCAACCUCCACAUUAUGGCCACUGACUUCACCAUAGACGAUGGCGGCGAAGUAGAUGUUAGUAACGGUGGUUAUAGGCCAAAUAGCGGACCAGGGGUUGGUUUGGCGACAAGCGGCGCCUCGCACGGCGGACUGGGAGGCAGAGGUGGAUGUGACGGUUACACCACGUGUCGUUUGCAUCGAAACAGACCAUAUGGGGACCUAUACAGGCCCUCCGAGCAUGGUUCUGGAGGCACGCAAACCAACGGCGGAACAGGUGGUGGCAUAUUGCACAUGGAAGUACGCCACACCCUGGCAGUGGAUGGCUACAUCAAGGCCAACAGCUACCACACCCAGUCCAAUGCCAAUGCAGCCUCAGGGGGUAGUGCUGGUAGCAUUCUAUUGGAAACACACAACUUUACAGGCAGCCACACAGGUCAUAUCCAGGCUCUUGGUGGGUCAGGAGACAUUUCCCAUGGAGGAGGUGGUGGUUCAGGUGGUAGGAUUGCCCUGUACCAUCAACGCCAUGAGACCAUACCGCUGUACCGCGGGUAUUUUGAUGUGUAUGGUGGUCCUCCUGGGACAAAUGCUGAGGCUGGAUCAUCUGGGACGGCUUACGUACAGGAUCAUGAACGAAAUUACAAAAUGCUGCUGGUGGACAACAAUGGUCAACAUCAGAUAGCUGAGGACACAGCUGUAUGGAAUGAGGGCUACAGGAUUGACCUGGCCUCUUCAAGUGCUUCAUACAGCAAGGUCACCUCCUACACAACCACAGAUGGACAUAAGGUGGAGAGCAGUGCAGGCAUAUACGACUGUCAUUACAACGGUUACAACUACUGUCCAUACCCGAACUCUGCCUCCUACUACAGGCUGUUCCAUUUGUUUGACCAGUCUUUUGAUGAUGAGGGCUAUGACUACUACAUGGCGGAUAGCAGAAGUGCAACAGUCACCAUCACACUUGCUGAGAGCAUUUUCAUAAACAAGAUCAAAGUCUACCCUGUUGCAAGAUAUUACACUAAAUUUAAGGUUGUCGGCUACAAUUCCUCAGGCGCUGCCUUUGAUGUGACUCCCAACUAUAUUCUGCCCAGCACCAAACCAACUCAGGGCUCUUUCAUAGAUCUUCCUGUUGGUCGUUUGGCUAAAAAGUUUGCAUUCAUAAUGUACGGAGCUGACAACAAUGAAUAUUCAUACCCAGCCCUUGCUGAGAUUGAGAUCUUUGCAGAGGAGUCCCCAGAAGAACUCCGGUACAAGCACAUCAACCUGCAUGGAGCCUCCACAUGGGUGUUUGCUGACAGCAGUGAGACGUUCAUAUUCAGUGAGAUCUACCUCAAGGGAGGGGCACACCUGGCCUUCAUGCCCAACAAUUACUACACUGACAAAGUAUCCAUCUUUGUCGACACAGUGUUUGGUGACAAAACAGGUUACUUCCACAUCGGUUACAAUCAAGACAUGACAAUCAAUACCACAGACUAUGAUGUUCCUUUCAAUGCCCAUGUUUAUGAGAAGGGACACAUCACGUAUCCUCCAAGGAACUUCUUCUACAAGACAAAGUUGUACUCCUCUGGAAAGGUUUCUGGCAUGGAAGACCUGUAUGUGUUCAAAGAUGGUGGAGUUUACCUUGACAACAACGGUAGCAUAGCAACAGACCAUUCCGCAGCAACAGUGUCACUAAAGUCCCUGCAUGUGCAAGAGGGUGGAACCUUUGAGCUGUACUCAGACACUCCACUGAAAACCUUCAGCAUUGAUGCAACAAACAUUUCGGUGUAUGGCGGAGGCCACUUUCUUAUCAACACUGGACUCAACAUGACAGUGCAUCACCUGCUGGCAGUGUACUCGGGUGGACACAUCGGGCUUGAUGGAGCGGGCUACCGACCAAACACUGGCUUGGAGGGGCCUCAGCCAGGCAUUGGUUCCAAGUCAGGUGGUAGUGGUGCUGGUCAUGGUGGCAGUGGAGGUCGCGGUUCAAGUCUGGGUAAGGUCGGUACUGGAUACGACUCUCUCUAUACUCCAACAGGCUAUGGAUCUGCCGGCGGAUAUGGACAGCAAUAUGGUGAUCUGUAUUUCGGAGACGAUGUGCAUGGUAACGAGAUGAUCUACAAGACCCUUGGAGGGGCUGGUGGUGGCUUCUUAACCAUAAACAGUCGCCAUGUGGACAUUGACGGGAAAAUAUCAGCUAACGGCUUGCCUCCUGAUGAGAGAUUUGCAACUGGUGCAGGUGGUGGUUCUGGUGGCUCAGUCUGGAUCAGCUGUGAGGAGAUAGUGGGCAAGGGAGUCAUAGAGGCCACAGGGGGUGACGGGGGUGGCCCCGGGGGUCUGGCAGGGGGCGGAGGGGCAGGGGGUCGCAUUUCUGUCCAGUGUGACAACAUCCUCAAGCUGAACAUCACCAUGAGGGCCUAUGGAGGGGUGAGCAACAGCGAGAGUGGUGGAGCAGGAACCUCAUAUGUGGAGUCAAAGUUCCCCAACGGGACUCUCAGUUAUCAGAAGUUAACAGUGGACAACAAUGGACACGAAUAUCCUCACGCUAGUGUAUAUUCCCAGGGCUAUUUGAGAAGUCUUCUAGGAGGAGAGUACACAGAUAUCAGCUACUCUGGAGGUGUCACCUGGAUCUUCCAUGAUUCCUUAUUCUACAGGUUCAAAGAGGUUGAUGUACGAGGCAAUGCACAUGUUGCCAUUUUGAGUGACACUGAGAAUAGCAUAGUUGAUGUAAGGAUAGAUUUCCUCUGGGGGGAUCGAUCGGGAGUCUUGCAUGCAGGCAGACAGCAGACCUUUGGACUGACUGAAGUGGACGUGUACCUUCCUACAAACCUUGCCUCCUAUAGGUAUAGCCGUAUCGAGGUCCCUAAGAAAGUCAUCAUCCGAGAAGUGUGGGCGGAAAUCAAUGGUACCAUUGAAGGCAUGGACGUCAUAACUGUGGAGAACAGAGGAGAGCUGUACAUCUGGUCCUAUGCCAACUCUGAUGGCUACAAAGUUGGAGAGAUCAAGGCCACAAAUAUAACUGUUCGGGCCGGUGGAAAGUUUGAGCCCCUUGCAGCAGACAGGCAGAUAAAGGUGUACGUGACAAGGUUGAUUAUCAACGGGAAUGGAUACGUGAGAACUAAUGACCUUCAGUUGAAUUCCACAAAUGUCACCAUCGAUCUAUCAGGUGAAUUCCAUGCUGACUUCACGGGCUACCCAGGUGGUGAGGGCCCAGGGGCAGGACGUAACAUCCACUUCAACGAGUCUGGAGGGUCAGGGGGAGGUCACGGGGGUCGUGGAGGCAGGGCCAGGUCAGGCUACCACUCCUCCUACGCCUAUGACUCCAUCUAUACACCAGUCCAGAUGGGAAGUGGAGGUGGUAAUGGACCCAGUAGUCAAGGAGGCAGAGGUGGAGGAAUAAUGUACCUAUACAUUCUGGAUGAGUUGAGGGUCGAAGGUCGUCUCCAUAGCAACGGUGAAUCAGGGGCCUCUCGAUCAGGGGGUGGCGCUGGUGGCUCCAUCUACAUUGACUGCAAUCAUCUGGAUGGAACUGGGUCCAUUGAGGCUACUGGUGGUGAUGGUGGUAGUGAUGCAGGUGGUGGUGGCGGUGGUCGCAUCGCUAUCUACCACGACCUGGUGGACCACUUCACAGGGGAGUACCGCGUGUUUGGAGGCCGGGGACCAUACCAGCAUGGUGGCUCAGGAACCGUCUACAGCCAGGACCACAGCGGCAGCAAAGGUACCAGCGUUCACAAACGACUGCGGGUCGACAACUGGGGCUACUCAGAGAGUCACAGGAUCAAUGAAGUGGAGAGGCUCAACCUGACUGGGAAGUACCUCACCUCUGGAAUCUACCCAGACACGUUCUUCCAUACAUACAGUGGGAUAACAGUCAGGUCGGAUGUGCAACCAGAGGCCUAUAAUCGCUACGAGUCCAACAACUACUACUAUUAUUACAGUGAAACCUGGCCUCUGAGUCACAUGUUUACUGAUCUGAAGGCUGAAGUGUCAAGGUUCUUCAUGGCGCAUGCUCCACAGGGGGCGACUUUGACCUUUGAGCUUCCAUUCAAGACCUACGUGGAAAGGAUCCACGUUUAUCCCUAUUGCAGCACCAACUAUGUUCCGUCCAGAGGCUAUGGAUCCUUGGUAACCUCUUAUGUGGUGGAUACAUCCUUGGAGGGGGGUGCAAACAAGAACAGGACCAACGGCUUUGUGAGCACAGAUAAAUGUCAGACACAGACAGAGCCCGACCAGUAUGGAAUAGUGAACAUCAGGGAUAAUGUGGACAAGAUUGUUCUGCGACUGAAGCCUUCAGGCAGCUAUGUGGCCAUGGCUGAGAUUGAGAUCUACGUACGAGAGGACCCCGAGUCCAUCACUCAGACACCAUAUGCCAACGGACAGGGGACCAGCUAUAUCAUGGGACAGGUGGAUGGCACACAGUUUGAGUUUCACAAGUUGGACAUUCUGGGUGGAGCCUCCCUGAAUCUGGAUGGCGCUGAUCUGUCACUGACUGCCAACAAGAUAGAGGGAGAUGACAGGGGCAGGCUGACAGUGCGCAGGUCACAGCGGUACGAGGACACACAAGAAAGGGUGUUGCAGACCAUAGGUCUACUGGCACAGCGUGAUUCCUCUGUCAAUCUGCCGCCUGAGCUCGACUGCAGAGGCAUUGAUCUGCACCUCAAAGGUCACAUACGCAGCAUGGAAAACAUCACAGUGAAUGCCCUGUGCAACCUGACUAUCGAUCACCACACUCCAACCACCAAUGUCAUCAACAACCUGGAUAUCAAGACCUUUGGCUCAGUGGACGUAUAUACAGAGGACGAGGCUCUCACCACUCUGAAAGGAACCACUCUGACAGUCCGAUCUGGAGCGAGGCUUGACUCCAAUGACCUGAUGCUGGAUUACUACAACGUGACCAUUGAGCCGUAUGGAUAUCUGUCUGUCACCGAGGGAUGUCCAUUGAACGUGCAACAUUCUGGUAUUGGCCCAGGCCAUGGCAACACAGGCGGCAGUUCAGGAGGUGGACACGGUGGUAAUGGUGGUAGAGGCGAGACAGAGACCUAUGCAGGUGGGGCACAUGACAACUUCCUGUAUCCCACUCUGUUUGGCAGCAAUGGCGGGCAUGCCUACUUCCCCCACAGGGCAGGGGUGGGCGGUGGGCGGCUGUACCUGAGGGUGAACCAUACACUGACUGUGGACGGGUUUCUGGUGGCUCAGGGUGGCAAGUGGAGGUCGGUGGCCUCAGGUGGUGGCAGUGGUGGCUCCAUCCACAUAGAGACUUACACGAUCGACGGAGGCGGCUUUGUCAAUGCCUCAGGGGGUGCUGGCUACGGAGGGUCAUGGGCUCCACACAGCGGGGGUGGGUCUGGAGGCCGCAUUGCACUAUACUACAUGUACAACUUCUUCGUGGGUGAAAUGUUCAAUCAUGGUGGUGCUUCUGGAACAAGGUCUGAGCCCGGUGGCCCUGGUACUGUGUACCUGCAUCGCCUGCCAGACUUCUCAGCAAAAGACUGGGCUACUCACUUCAUUGAAAACAGAACUCUCUACUUGAAUAACGAGGAUUUAGAACCCAUGAACCCAUACAGAAACCUGACAGACACCUACUCAGACCACCCCUCAGCGAGUGGUGUUGCCUGGAUAUGGCCCGGGGAAUAUCCACCCCUUGUCACAGUGUUUAACACCACAGUCAGCUCGACCAGCGAAGUUGCAGUGGAAUAUUUCAAAGUCUAUGAGAAGGCCCAGGUUGCCCUGGUUCCCACGGUACCCAACCGUCAGAUCAACAUCCAGAUUGGUUACACUGACGGGGACCGCUCUGGCCAUCUCCACGUGGGAUACAACCAGACCCUCUUCAUUGGUACUGGUCAGCUACCGCUGGAUGUAUCGCUGUAUCACGGCAGUUCGUGCACCCUUCAGGGAGAGCUGAGAGUGGCAGGAGUGACAGUGAUGAUUGAGGGAGUCGUAGUCGGAGUGGAAAACAUGACCAUAGUGGAUGAUGGUGUACUUAAGGUGAACUACAUGAUGGACCUGCAAUACCAGCGCAUUGACAAGAUUGACUUCACUGCAUUCAGCAUCCGUAACAGGGGCAGCAUGAUCAUGAACAACGACGUGUUUCAGCACAAGAUGAAAGGAAAGAUUAUGCAGGUAUUCCCAGGUGGCUCAUUCACAGCCAAGCACCUGUAUGUGGAGGUAGAGUCACUCCUUGUAGAUGUGAUGGGAACCUUCUCAGCUGACGGACAGGGAUACUGUAACAUGCAGGGGCCCGGUCCAGGCUACUCCUACCAGUCUGGCGACUACACGUGGGGGACAGGGGCCAGUCACGGUGGUGAGGCAGGGGCAGGGGCAACCUCAAGGUCAACCCCCAGCGCCUAUGGCAACUUCAUCUACCCCUCAUUGUUUGGAAGUGCUGGCGGUGAUGGACCACCCUACAGUGGUGGCUGUGGUGGAGGUAUCCUGCUCCUGAACGUCACCAAGGUGAUCAAGGUGGACGGUGUACUGUCAGCCAAUGGGCAGGCAGGAGGGGCUAGGGCUGGCGGCGGCUCUGGAGGAAGCAUUUCCGUCACGGCAGAGGAGUUCGACGGAACCGGAGCAGUGCAGGUGAAGGGAGGAGGAGGAGUGAACGGUGGUGCUGGUGGGCGUGUCAGUGUCCUGUAUGGCUACUCCAACUACGAGGGGGAGUACACGUCUAGCGGUGGACAGGCCUCGGGUGGUGAGAAUGGGGCGGCAGGCACUGUGUUUACCAAGGAUCUAGCGCCCGGGGGAAAGAAGAGACUCAGGAUAUACAACAGGAAGGGUGAUUCGACACGUCGAACAAGGAUUACCAUUCCUGCCUCCAAGACACAAGACCAUGACAUAGAUAUCCUUGACCUUGGUGACUAUGCACAGGUCGGUCUCCUAGCAACAGAUAACAAGGACAUGCCGGUUUUAGGUGGGAGGAGAAAUCUGUACCUACAGCUUGUGGAAGGAGACUCCACAGCCACUGUUCAUGUGGACGGAGGGAUGUGGCUCAACAUUGACUUCAAGGACUCGGCUGUCCUCUCUUUUGGAGUUGCAGUGUAUCCUGAUGGUGAGGUGAACCUCCCAUCUGACACCUACCUGAAGUCUGUCAGUGUGUCAGACUACGGGGGCACCAUAAUGGGACUGAAGACUCUCAACAUCUCCCGCGGUGGGGCCAUGAACAUCUACCCUCCAGAUGCAUCCAAUCCUUAUUUCAAGCAAAUGAAGUACAACUUGAAUACACUGAGUAUCCUGGAUGGUGGCUCCCUCACUUACUUCGGCACUGCAGAAAGGGGAGAGUACCUCACCCUGAACCUGACUGCAGAUCUCAUGAUCAGGGGCGGUGGAUUGAUGACUGUCAACAAGCUCAAACUCACAGCUGUGAACAUCACCAUUGAAUCAGAAGCCACGCUGACUGCCUCCAAGGGAGGUUACCUUCCUGGUACAGGGCCUGGUGCAGGCAUAGCACACGCCAGUGGGAGCUCUGGGGCGUCUCACGGUGGUGUUGGUGGAAUGGGCUCAAACACGAACCACGCAAACCUGGCAUACGACAGCACAUUCAUCCCAACAGAGUAUGGCAGUGGUGGAGGUAGUACAGGUGGGACAACUGUGGGUAAAGGUGGCGGUGUGCUUGAGAUGGUGGCAUCAGGGUAUGUGGAGCUUGAUGGUUCCCUGCUCGCUGAUGGGGAGGACGCCACGGCAACGGGAACUGGAGGCGGCUCUGGUGGAUCAAUAUACCUUCAAGCUGGACAUUAUGCUGGUACUGGUGUGAUAUCUGCCAAGGGCGGUGCUGGUGCCUGCGUUCCAGGAUGCACAUCAUGUGACGCUAAGCGUCGCUGUGUGCAAUGUAAUACCAACUAUUAUUAUUGGAGCAACUAUGUUUGCAAAACAAGCUCCUCUACGGCAACUGUGGCCGGUGGUGGUGGUGGUGGAGGCAGAGUUGCAGUAUGGGUGGAUACAGCCAACAACUUCCGAGGCAAAACAAUAACCCGUGGUGGGAAGGGAUUCACCGAAAGUGGUGGCUCUGGAACAUACUUCCUGCAGUCCCUCGGUAGCAGCAAUACAAUAGAAAGAGUGCUCACAGUUGACAAUGACAACGCUUCUCCAAAUAACAUCUACAUCGCCAACAAAACAACAGACAGUUGUAGAACGUACAUCCUAACAAGGCCCGGUGAUACGGCAGCAAGUCUCACGUUUGACCAUGUGUACAUUUACGGGGACAGCCACCUGGCGUUCUAUAAGACUUCCCCAAAUGCAGUUGAUGUGACCUUCAGACACCUGCAUGGAGACCUGACUGGCAUGGUUCACUCGUCAGUAGAUCAGGCCAUAAGUAUCGUUGACAGUGACAGUCCCAUACCUGCCUCAUUCAGGGUGUACAACACAGCCAGGCUUCAACUGCCCACAGAGCUGUACUUCAAAGACUUGAAGUAUUCUGACAUCUACAUUGAUGGGCAGAUUGAUGGAGUAAAGAACCUCAGCCUUGGUCAGGGGGUCAACUUUGUCAUCGGAGAAAAUGGCUUCACCACAGGGUACAGCAAGCUGCAGUUUGCCUUUGAUAAUGUGGAUGUGUAUUCAGAUGGUAAAAUAUCAUCACCCACUUUGAAUGAGACCAGCCCAUCCCUCAUUUUGAUGAUCUUCAAAAAGCUCCGAUUGCAUGCUGGUGCUGCUAUCAAUGCCCCAUGGGUGAAAAUCAAUGCGACAGGGGCAGCAAUCCAGAUCGACUCAGCCAGCAAGAUCAAUUCCUCUGCCUCAGCCCCAUCUGUCCUGUCCCAGGAUGGUGUACCGACAGUGGCUGGUGGAGGAUCAGGUGGAGGGGGUGGUGCCUCAGGUGGACAGGGCAUGCUCCAGGACUAUGUAGGUCCACCGCCCGUGUAUGGAUCGAUGUAUGAGCCCAAGGAAUUUGGAGGCAAUGGAGGGGCUGGGGGUGGCACUGUCUCGGACCUCAGAUGUACAUACAGCCCUCAGCAGGCUGGGGGAAAGGGAGGCGGAGUUGUGGAGCUGUUAGCAGACAGUCUGAUGCUGGAUGGAGAGCUGCAUGUCAGUGGUGGAGAUGCUGCAGGGCCCAGGGGAGGCGGUGGUGGUGGAGGCAGCGUCUAUAUCAAAGUCAAGUCUCUGUCUGGCAAUGGUGUGAUCUAUGCCGACGGUGGUUCUAUUGGAUCUUCUUUCUACAUCUCCAGCUCACAGUGGGAGAGUGUACAAUCACAGAUUAGUGCAUGGGAUCAAAGUUCCAACUCCAACUGCCAGGGUGGCGGAGGUGCUGGUGGCAGGGUUGCCAUUCUCUUCAGCGAGGACACAGAUGAAAGUCUGACAGUCAAAGCCCACGGUGGUACAGGAAUGGAGUGCGGAGGAGCAGGAACGUACAUCCGUCAGAACACAGCCACUGGCAAGAAGUACCUGUCUGUGGAUAAUGAGAACAUCUGCACACCACUUAGUCCCAGAGUGGACUGGUCCAAACUGACCGCCACACACAAGGGACAGCUGAGCUUCCACACUUGGCUAUUUGAUGCUCUUAACAGCCACGAUCAUAUCUUUGAUGAAGUUUUACUGAGCGGCAAGGCUCAGUUGGCUCUGUACAGACCUACAAACCAGGCAUACAAACAGACUGUCACUGUACGCAAGACCAUAGGAGACAAGUCAGGAAUGUGGCAUGUUGGACCCUACCAAGAGAUUGCCACCAGUCUGCCCAUGGAUAGCCCUGAGCUACAGUUUGGAAUAUUUGUGUAUGAGUUUGGCACCAUGCUAGCUGAGCAGACCCUCACGGUCAAGGGAAUUACCAUCGAGAAUGAGGGGUACCUGUCUGGAGUGGAGCAUCUUGUCAUCGGUCCACUGGGAAAAAUCACUCUCAGACCAGACAGCAGCGCAUCCAUGGCGGAGAUCAGGUUCACGAGUGUCACAGUGAAGGGCGGAGGUCAGUUGAACAUCGAGACCGAGGGCAAGGGUGUGCGUCUCAUCGGUACAGACUUCAUUGUGGAGAGCGGUGGCUCUGUCGUUGCUGACCAUCUCAUCGUGGUUGCCAACUCUCUCACGGUGCAGGACUCAGCUUACAUCUCAGCUGAUGGCAAGGCUGUUCACACUAAUGGAGGACCUGGUGUUGGUGUAUCCGGUGCAGGGGCCGGCCAUGGGGGUCAGGGAGGCAUGAAGAAAGCUGAAAAUGUAACAGCCCCCGGCGGUGGCAUGUACUAUGACGAUGUAGCCAGCCCAACGUUUGCUGGCAGCAACGGUCUCUACACAACCAUGACAACAAAGACUGAGACCAUUGGAGGAGGCAUAUUGAAGUUGCAAAUAUCGGGCACUGCACAUAUUGAUGGCAAAAUCAGCUCCAAUGGAGAGGGAAAUAACAAUGUUGUUGGUGGUGCCAGUGGUGGAAGUAUUGUACUGACAGCAGCUGCUUUCAAUGGAAAGGGAGCCAUCAAUGUUGAUGGUGGUACAGGUACAUCAAGUUCCGGUGGUGGUGCCGGUGGUCGCCUGUCCAUCACAUACACCACGACUGAGUACACAGGCUCAUGGACCGCGUACGGAGGUCAGUCAGCGCACUCCAGCGGUGGGGCCGGCACCAUAUACAUAGCGGCAGGCUCCAAGAGAUACAUCUAUGUGGACAACAAGCAGAAAAAUAGUGUUCCCGAUGAAAUAGCCACUUAUACCACAACCUCUAUUGCUGAAAUGGACUACGGGCGCACAUGGAUUGUCUUUCCUACUUCUGGUUCCCUGAUUGUGGACAAGCUGUACCUGUAUAAUGGUGCACAACUAGCAUUGGAGCCUGGAACCAAAACUUUUGAAACAGAAGGAUUUUACGGAAAGGAUUUUGUCAAUAAUGUAGACAAUCUGGGAACCAUCCAUGUUGGGCCGUUCCAGAAAUUCACCGUCAAAGCCAUAGACCUGUACUUCCCUGCCCAUGCCAAAGUGUACGAAGAAGGUGUGCUAAUGAUGCCCUCUAAGGUGAAAUGGUUCAACUCCAAAAUCGACUUACAAGGUACCAUUGGUGGACUGACAGAGCUGUCCCUUGGUAGAUCCACUUUGACCCUUGCAGCCACAAGCCGCACUCAGGGUAGCACAGCAGCUGGUAAGUUCUCCAUCUCGACCGUGAACCUGCUGGCAGGCGGAGUCCUGGAGAUGUUGGGGGAGAUCCGGUACCAGCUGGUUCUGUCCAGUCUCACCGUGUACCCCAGCGGCACCAUCCAGGCUGCAGACCUGCUCAUUGAGACCAAGGACGCCAACAUACAGGAGGGAGGUGUCAUCAACCUGUCAGAGAGGGGAUUCAAAGAAGGCGGAGAUGGCUAUAGAGAGGGUUCAGGUGCCAGCCACAGCGGUGAGGGUAGUGGUACCAUCAAGGCAUCAGUGUACGGCAAUUACAUGCAGCCUGCUACUAAGGGCUCGGGCACUAAGACAGGGCAAGGUGGCGGUGUGGUCAAACUGCAGGCAACUGGCACUGUCGAUAUUGAUGGAGAAAUCAAGGCUGAUGGAGGUUCUGGCGGGGGAGCUGGUGGCAGUAUCUGGAUCACGUGCACCACUGCAGCCAUCAAGGGUUCGAUCCAUGUCAAUGGUGGUUCAGGGGGUGGUGGGGGUGGAUACAUAGCAAUCUACCACACCAGCGGUUUUGUGGACACCCGACGUAUCACGUCCUAUGGAGGCUCUAAUGGUGGAGACAAUGGAGCAGCUGGGGUCAUCUAUCUGAGCCAGAAUGGCAAGACUAAGGCACUGGUAAAGGCUGACAAGACAACCAAUGCUCUUUCAGUGCUUGGUGUACCGAGUACUACAGUGUCUGUGCAGCUAGACAAUCUAGAGGUGACUGGUACAGCCUUUGUAGCCUUCCAGUCUAGAACAACGCUCCCAUCUUUGCAAGCUCAGGUCGGCACAAUCACUUCCAACGCCAGAUCAGUGAUACAUGUCCUGCAAAACGUAGACCUCUACUGGGCAACCCGUGUGGGAAUCUUACAAUCUCUCAACAUAAAAGCAAACAUAUAUGUGGCCCAGGGUGGAAAGAUUGACCUACCAAAGACAGUCAUCAUCAGCAAAGGCUGGUGGCUGGAUGUUUGUGGGACUGUAACCUCCAACACUCAGACCUUGACCAUGAGAGAUGGCGGUGAGCUCAGAAUGUCCCCCCCAGCCUCAACUCUCGAAAUUAACACUGUAAUUGUUGAUUACCAAGGAAAUAUGGGUUCGUCCAAAUACUGCACUAACACUACCACUAAAGUGUCGCUAUCUUUGACGUAUUUAAACUCAACCUCAGACUUCACGCUGGACACAACGAAGUUCACGCUAGCCAAAGGUUCCACUGGGGCAGUUACCCCAACUGGGUCAGCCCUGAACGAGACAUACUGCGCAAUUAAUGGAUCACUUACCCUGCUCAGGAACCAACAAUGCACUCUGAAGGCAGGGACAACCUACCAAUUCACGACGUUGACUAUCAGCCCAGGGGCUAAGAUAUUAGUCGAAGGCAACGCAUCCUCUUCUCUUACCACCACGAUCUCCGCAGCGGACAUCAAUAUCAUGUUUGGUGGCAAGAUCACUGGGAUAGGUGCAGGUUUUGUCUCAAAUGGUCCUGGUUCUCCUUCAGCCAGUGGUCAGGGGGCUACGCAUGCUGGCUCUGGGGUAGGAAACACUAAGAGUGUCUAUGGAAGCGUCUCCUCACCAAUCACCUACGGCAGUAACGGAUUUGGGGCCACUACCUCUUCUGGACGUGGCGGUGGUCAGAUCAAGCUGUCGGCCACAAACACGAUCACCGUUGAUGGAACUAUCGAUAUGAGUGCUGACGCCGCAGGCUCAGGAAGUGGUGGGUCUAUCUGGCUGACUGCUGCCACCAUAACUGGGGAUGGGUUCCUGUAUGCCAAUGGUAGUGGAGGUGGUGCAGGGGGAAGGAUUGCUACAGUGGCCUCUGGCUCGCUAAGCUUCACAGGAAUAUCUCAGGCACCUGGAUCCAAGGCUUCCAAUGGUGACAUAGGCGGAUCAGGUACUGUUUACACCCAAAUACCAGGAUCAAACCAUGUUGUUAUUGAUGGUAAAUCAACCGAGCCCACAGUUGUAACCUCUAAUUUUGACAAGGUGUCAUUAUCAAGUGGAAGUACAGUUGCAGUUACAGCAAGUGUAACCAUUGGUGAAAUGGUCUCCUUAGAGAAUGAGAACAAUGAUAUAUGCAGUGUCAUUGUAAGGGCAACUGGGCAACUUACUGUCUCCACAAUGGGUGAUGCAAACAAAGGUUUUGCCUGUAAUGUCACUAUAGAGACUGGUGGGCGAUUGACUGUGAAUGGAGAGCUGAUAGUCACAGGUGACAGCCCAGUACUGACAGUCCUUGGCACUCUGACAGCAACAAAACUCACCAUCGAUAAUCGUGGCACAUUUACAGUCGCUUCUACAGGAAAGGUAUUUGUCUCCAACUUGUUCUUGUCAGCAUGGUCUGUCACUACAGUCUCGGACACUGCCAUGUUUGGGACAGACAGCACUAAAGUCACGAUGAGUAACACAUUCCAGAUCAGUUACGAAGCCACGGUAACGUUCAAUCGCAGCGAACUGACCAUUCAGAGUGCAACAUUCCAAAUGGAUUCCCUGUCUAAACUUAUACUGUCUGCUAACAAGAAGAUGCUGAAAUUGACUGGAACUAACAUAGUGAUCCAGGAUGAUGCAGUUAUUGAUGUCAGUGGAGGAGGGGAUCUCAACUCAGGUACAGGAGCUGCAACUGGCUCCAUGGGGGCUAGUUAUGGUGGGGUCGGAGGCAUGAAUAGCUCUUCCCUUACCUAUGGCAAUGCUGUCACCUUGGAAUACGUAACAGGAAGUGGAUCUGUGGAUGCACGAGGCGGUGGAUACAUCAAAAUUGAAGCCAGCGGAACGGUAGAAAUAGAUGGUAACUUGCUGGCCAAUGCCCAAAACUCUACAGCUGCUGGUGGUGCCAGUGGAGGUACCAUAGGAAUCUCUUGUGCAACAUUGCAAGGCCAUGGAACCCUCUCAGUUAAUGGUGGAAACACAUCCAUGACUGGAGCUGGGGGUGGUGGGGGUGGCAGAAUCUCCAUCCAGUGUACCACCAUGUCAGCUUACCUGGGUGACACAUUGGCGUAUGGAGGUGCUAGCAGCAGUUCACCUGGUGCUGCAGGUACUAUUUACAAGGAAUACCAGCAAUCGGGCGGUGCACAAUUCAAGACGCUCACUGUUGACAACAAUGGACAGAAAACUGACUCAUUCACUUACUGCAAUGGGCUACAGAGUGUCACAGACCUCAUUGUGCAAAGAAGUGGCCAAGUAAUAUUCAAAGGUGAUAAUAACAACGUUUAUGUUGUCAGCAAGCUUGAAGGAGAUUUUACUGGCACACUAAAAAUAACCAACGGGCAGUCAUUUGAGAUUGCGACAAACUAUGGAACACUGUCUCCCUAUGCGCUGAUGUGCAAGAUUGUCAUAGCAGAAGGGGGCCAAGGAACAUUGCCCUCUAAGCUGCUUCUGACAGAUCCAGAUACAAGCAGUUCAGACUGGUACAAUCUAGAGGUCUACGGAACUGUGAUAGCCAUGAGAGAAAUGACAGUGUCUUCCGGAGGCAAAGCGUUGAUACAUUCCAAGAGCAACUCGGGUCUUGAUAGAUCUAGUGUGAAACCUGCUGGUAAUUUAUCAUUGAACUCAAUCGAUGUCACCACUGAUGGAUUAUUGGAGAUAAGCAUGGACAGCACUGACCUGUUCACAUUAACAAUGAUCAAGAGACUGAAUGUGAAAUAUGGAGGAAUAAUCAAGGCUCGGCAUUUGCUAGUCAACGCCCCAGACAUUGAAGUCGCCUAUGGUGGUACGCUGUCACUAAAUGGUGGCAAUCUGAAUUCAGGUUCAGCUGUGGGAGCUAGUGGUACAUCUGGGGCGGGAGGAUCCCAUGGUGGCAAAGGAGGGGACUCGGCUAAUAACAUGACUAAUGCAAGGAUGUUUGUGGGUCCCUUUAGUGAGGCCACUCAGUUGGGCUCAGCAGGAGGCAAUGGUGGCACUCAGAGUGGUGCUCUUGGUGGUGGAUACUUGAAUCUCCAAGUCUCAAACCUGCUGACCGUGGAAGGGACCGUCAGUGCUGACGGAGAUUCUGCUAACGGAACUGCCGGUGGUGGAAGUGGUGGAAGUAUAAAUGUUGAUGUCACGAAAGACAUGUCUGGAUCUGGGAUCAUAUCUGUUAAGGGAGGUAACUCCAAUGCUGGUGGCGGUGGCGGCGGUGGAAGAAUAAGGGUGAACGUGAAUGGUGACUUCCAUUUCCAGGGUUCAUACACACUGUGUGGUGGAUCUGCAACCAGCGGUCAGGCAGGUGGCUCGGGAACAUCAUUUGAACAUGUGCAGCAGGCAAAUGUUCCGGGCAAAGUUUUCAAUCUCUACUUUGAUAAUUCCUGCACUAAUGGCACUAAAGAAGGACUGGCGUACAUAGAUGUGGCAUCCAGUACCCUUUACACAUUGAAAAACCUCCAAAUUGGAGAUAAAACUAGAGUGAUGCUGUACACUCCACAACUGCAUUUCAAGGCUGAGAUUCUUACCUGUGGAACCGGCAGCACCAUCAUUGUGGAAGACAAUACCAUAUUUAGCCCUAACUUUGAGCUUGCCUACAGCGCCAUCACAUGCAGCUUUGAUCUGAAGCCAAGUGGAGAACUCAGAUUGCCAAAGUCAGUGGAAUUGAAAGGAGCAUCCAGUUCUCUUGAAGGCAUACUGACAAACAUCCAGAAUCUGAUUGUGUCAGCCAACCAGAAACUGACCAUAUCUCAGAACAUGCGGACAGGCACCUGCUGUAACGCUUAUGGCGACCACACGGCUCUAACAGCUUCAGGGGAGUACGCGUUCACAAAAUUCACGCUAGAGAACUACGCUGAAGUCGUCCUGGAGAAGGGGGCUAACUCUCUGAAGCACAUCCGCUUUGUGGAGCUGGAAUUGCAGUACGGGUCUCUGCUUAAAGGCAAGAGCCUGGACAUGGAGGCAAACUCACUCAUCUUGCAUCCGGGCUCCACUCUGAGUCUGGAAGGAGGGGGAUAUGUAGCACAGUCAGGCCCCGGGGCUGGUCUUAUGGUGAACAACAUAGGUACAGGAGCUGGUCAUGGUGCCCCAGGUGGGUCAAGUGCCUCUUCCGUGAAGGGUGGCUCAGUCUAUGACCCAGCCCGUCUACCCACCGAACAAGGCAGUGGAGGUGGGAGCACUACCACAGGGGCUGGUGGGGCUGGAGGUGGUUAUCUGAAAAUCUACCUGUGGACUGAACUGCAAAAUGAAGGCACCAUCCAAGUGAACGGAGCUGCUGGUACUGCUGGUAACGCGGGUGGAGGCAGUGGUGGUUCUAUCCACAUUGAAACUCCGCUACUCUCCGGUAACGGUGCUUUCAAGGCCAACGGCGGGAAAGGAGCGGGCUUGGGUGGUGGUGGUGCGGGUGGCAGAAUGGCAUUUUAUGUAACAACUACCAACUCUUUCACUGGAACCUAUGCCUUGUAUGGAGCCGGAAAUGACGACACUUUGAAUGCGGUGAAAGCAGGCCCUGGUACGCUGUACACUGUCACUGGAAAGUCUCCAAAGCUGGUACACUCCUUGACGAUAGUGGGUGACGUGGAUAGCUCAGUGCAGGACCAGACAUACACGUACAUCAGUGGAGAAACUGAGUUAGACUUCACAUACAACCUGCUCACUCUGUCAGGAUAUGCCAAUGCAAUAUUUGGCAAAAAUACCACAGUUUUAAAGCUUGCAGACAUUAAAGGAGACAAAACCGGCACGCUUCAUGUCACUGACUCACAGGUGGUUCAGGCAGCAUUUGUUGAUGGCAUCAUUGGGUCCUUCAUCACCACAAUCAACAUGGAUGUAGGUGCAAAAGCUGUUCUGCAUGUGCCAGACACUCUAACUGUGGCUGGCGUUGUGUUGGACAUCAAGGGAACUUGCACGUUUAACAAUCUCAUCGUAGAAGAUGGUGGGACGAUUCAAGGUCACAUCACAACCUUCACGUCUUCAUUCGCCAAUGGCGUAUACAAGCCGACCAGUCAGGCCGGAAGCUACCAGCUGAUGUCCAUAAAGCUGAAGGCAGGGUCAAACUUCCUCCUUCCUUCUGGGGGCCUAAAGAUGACCAUAGGGACGCUAGAGAUGAAACGCUACGUUGUCCUGGAGGCAGAGUUUGUGCAACUGUCUGCCGUCACACUGAUACUUGAAAGGGAAGCAGCGUUAACAACCAGUGGCAAAGCGAAUGCGACCUCAGACAAAGUGCCUGCGUCUGCUCAUGGAGUCAGCAGGAAUGGUGGAGCGCAUGCCGCAGGGGGUGGUGUUGGGAACGCUUACAGUGUGGAUGAUGCAUCUCUUCCUUAUGGUACGAUAUACAAACCCAAGACACCGGGGGCUGCAGGGGGUCAGGGAGGUCUGGGUGGAGGCUACAUUGACAUCGUCACUGUUGAAUUGAUCCUCGAUGGCAAGCUCCUAGCUGAUGGUUCUGAUCACAGCUCUGGAGGAGGUGGUGCAGGAGGCAGUAUCUAUGUGAUAGCCAGUGUUGCCCUCAAAGGAUUGGGCAGCAUCGAAGCAAAUGGUGGUAGCACGCAGUCUUCAGCGGCGGGGGCUGGCAGUGGUGGCCAUAUAGCCAUUGACAUGGCUUCUGACAAAUUCCAAGGGUCAUACCAUGCCAGUGGUGGUACCUCCCCAGCAACACAUGGUGAUGGUGGACCAGGCUCAAUUUAUACCAUGUCUGAUACCAAUGGAGAAAAGCUUGUCUGUGAUAAUGCCAAUGGUCAGAAGGACUUUUACACAACACUGAACGAAACCCAGCUUAAGCUGAAUUUUGACCAGGUGAACAUUUUCAACUAUGCCAAAGUACAGGUAGUUAAAGAUGGACUGAGACGUGAACUGAACAUUCUGAAGGUGAAUGGUGAUGGCACAGGCUUAGUGAGGAUUCAGAAUAAUCAGCUUGGCACACUAGAAAGGAACACAGUGGACACCAAGGCGAAUUCCAAGCUGCGUGUAAACAUUGAGCUUCACAAGGGUGGAGAGUUCAUUCUCUCAGAAACUGUUACCAUUCUGGGACUGGGAGAUGUGGCCUUUGACCUUGAUGGAAUCAUGAGAGGGGUCUCUAACAUGUACCUUGGACCCAGCAGAAAAAUGAAUAUAGGAUCCAAUGCAAAGAUUGUCACAUUUACUGCCACCAACCUUGAUGCAAUCAAGUACGUCACGCUUGGCACCCUGCAACUCGAGCCAGGAAGUACAGUUGAAUAUUCCGCUAAUACUGGGGCUCUUAUGAGAGCAAACACCAUCAACUUGAAGUUUUCAGCAAAGAUGUAUGCAGAUUACUUCAACAUUACUUCCACUAAUAUGGACUUGGAGCUGGAAAGUGGUCUCAGCUGCUCCAGCACGGAUCGUGCCAGUUCUGACCAGAUGGACAUCACACAGGGCUCCGGAAAGGUUGGCAAUGGAUACAAAGGUGGUGCAGCUCAUGGUGGGGUUGGAGGUGGAACUGUAGACAAUAGCAAUCAACCUGUUGCUGGUGGCUCCUACAACUCUCUAUACUGGCCUAUGCUUGCUGGCAGCAGAGGGACAUAUGAUGCAAGCACUGGACAGAAAUAUGGUGGCCGUGGAGGGGGUUGGAUCCAUUUGCGACUUGGUAAUCUCCUUAUCAACGAUGGCAGAAUGUCGGCAAAUGGAGAGGCGUCUACUAGCUCAGGUGGAGCAGGAAGUGGUGGCAGUGUGCUCAUAGAACUGUACAAGUUUGAGGGCUAUGGAGACAUUUCAUGUCACGGCGGUCAAGGUCAUGACAACAACGGUGGUGGGGCAGCCGGCAGAGUUGCGGUCCACUGUCUCACACAGAUUGUAUACGAUGGAACAUUCACUGUGUACGGUGGCAGCGGAAGAAAUGACGCUCAGAGUGCCGGUGGUGGAACAGUGUACCUUCAAGACAUCAGGAAGAGCAAGGUGUACAAAAGGCUUCUCCUGGACAACAAGAACAGGCCUCACGACAAGUAUGCGACAAUAGACGAACCCUUUGACAAGCAUUAUUUCGAUGAAGUGCAUCUGCUGAAUCAGGCCUCCCUGCACUUGGCGAACGAUAACAGGAACACUGUUCUAGACAUCUACACAAUGAUUGGGGAUGGCACGGGGCUGCUCCAUAUGCACGCCAACCAGAAACUCUUCGCCGAGUUCAGACCAAAUGUCAGAAAUGCUUUCCUCUCCGGUGUCAACUUCAUAGUGGACUACAAAUCGGAAAUCAUCUUCCCGUCAAUUACUUACAUCUAUGGUAAAGGUGUGCUACUCACAGGGAUGUCCGAAUCGCGGUCUGUUGUAAUUAAUGGCCGCUUGACAGGAAUCGCAGACCUCAUCAUGGGAUUCGAAACGCUGCUGUACUUCGACGAGCAUGCCCAUACUGCUGGUGUAGACGUUGCAGCAAGCAGCUCUGGGUCAGUUACUUACGCAGAUAUUGACGCUGAACGAACCAUCACCUUUGGUACCAUUGACCUAAGAAGCUACUCAGAAAUCAAGUAUGUUCCAGACCAGACUGUUCUCUUGCAAGUUGCAAGAAUUGAUUCACGUUUCAAAUCGGUGAUCUCAGCUGAAAGUAUCAAGGUGGUGGACUGGCAUAUUCCAGCUGGAGGCUGGAGCUAUGAUCACAUCCUCGGCCAUUUACCGGCCCCUUGACAUCCUAGAUGAACCCCUGGGGCAGGGCAUAGACGCCCAGCAGGCAGGGCUCUGUUGGAACUGGGGCUGGGUACGCCUCGCAGGGUGGAGCUGACUAUGAGACUGAUAAAUCUCUGCGAGUUGCUGGUGGCAAUUACUAUGGCAGCUUGUACACACCAAACCUAAGAGGCAGCCGGGGAGGCCGUGGAAGAAACCAGAAAGGAGGGAGUGGUGGAGGCUUCAUUAACCUAAAGGUUUCUACAGAUCUGUUGGUGGAUGGCACGGUAUCAGCUGAUGGAUCCCCAGGGGAGAGGGAUUCCUCAGGUGGUGUAGGUGAUGCUGGGGGUGGCAGUGGUGGAGCCUUACUCAUACAAUCACAGAACUUGGAAGGUCAUGGUGUGAUACAGUCUCACGGUGGAGAUGGUUACCAUGGCGGGUCAGGUGGUCGUGUUGCCGUGUACCUGGAGGAGGAGAUCUACUUCUUUGGCUCCUUUGAUUCGCUCGGUGGUAGUGGAGUUGGUCCAUAUCUAACAGCUGGUGGACCUGGUGCCAUCUACAUCAAAGACAAACGACUUUCCCGCAACUUUGAGCAAUUGCGCAUUGACAACAAGGCCAGAUCCUGGGACCACCAGUAACAUCUUGGAUGAAGUGGAGGAGAAUGGAGCAGCAAAGACAAAGUUUUACUUUGAUGAGGUCUACAUCA